UAGGGCUCGCAAUGGCCAGUGAAAAGGUUCAAGCCAUGGUUCAGUCUAGCCCUGCAUCAUCAUCCGACCCGCAAGCUCCCACUCAGAAUGUAUACGAUGCUCAAGCGCCCAGUAUUAGGAAACUUGGAAAACACCAUCUCCAUAAAAUGGUCCCGUCCUUCGUGGCCCCAAUUCAUAGCCCAUCUAUAGCUCCUCACCAAGCUGAAGAAAACGUUCAUUCUAUAAGAGAAACCAGUUCUUUGAACCAAAUCAAGUCGUCCUCUGAGCCCAUCAGCACUGAAGAGAGCGCUAGCAUCCAUGUGGAAGAUAUUCACCUUCCAAACCAUCAUCAUUCAGUGGAUAAGUCAAUAGCUGGGGGCGGUGUGAUUCUUGGGGGUCUUGCCGCCGUAUUUUUAGUGGCUGUUUUCUGUUACAUUAGAGCUACUGGCAGACAUAAAGCAGGAGCCGCUUCUUGAGUUAAGUUAUCUAGAGUUGUCUUGCAGGUAUAUGAUAGGGGGAAAACAUCUUCGGUUUCAACACUUUCAAGAAAAUAAACACUAAUAUUCUGAAGGAUAUG